AAACAAAACUCGACGGUGCAGUUACUACAUUUCACAGGUAUGUCGCGCAAUGGAAAUGGGAAUUGCGACGUGGAAACAGAAGAGCAUGUUCCCAUUCUGCGACCGGAUGAGAAGCUACUGAAGAGGCUCGACACUUUGGCGGAUCAUUUCCAAUCCAAAUACAACAUGGAGCCGUCGUUUUUCGUCAGAGUUCCAGGAAGAGUUAAUUUAAUUGGCGAGCACAUCGAUUAUUGCGGAUAUGCCGUUUUCCCGAUGGCCAUUGAGCAAGACAUACUUGUUGCCGUGGCGCUCUCCAAGGGCAACGACGUUCGUCUGACCAACGUGGACUCGAAAUACAAAGAUUUCCAGUGCGAUAUGAAAAAUGUCAGUGCUUGCAUCAGUGACACCGGCGAUGGUCCAGACUGGUACAAAUAUUUCCUCUGCGGAGUGAAAGGAGUUCUCGAAGUGAUCCCAGAGGAAUCUGCACCUGGGGGAAUCCUGGCUGCUGUUUGGGGUAACAUUCCUCCUAAUUCAGGACUCUCGAGCUCGAGCGCUCUGGUCUCCUCUGCGGUUCUGCUCACUGUGCACGCCAGUCAGCACAAGCUGUCGAAGCACAAGUUGGCUACCAUUAGCUCCAGGGCUGAAGGAUACAUCGGCACCCAAGGUGGCGGUAUGGAUCAGGCUAUCGCGUUUCUUGGUAAAGCAGGUUCUGCAAUGCUAAUCGAAUUCAACCCCUUGUGUGGUACCGGCGUCACGUUACCGAAAACCGCAGUGUUCGUAAUUGCGCACAGUCAGGCUUGUCACAACAAAGCCUCCACGACGGAUUAUAAUUUAAGGGUUGCAGAGUGCCGGCUGGCUGCACAGAUAAUAGCGAAGAAAAGGAAGAAGCCGUGGGAACGUGUACAGAGAUUAAUCAACGUUCAGGAAAGCCUUGGCCUAAGCGUAGACGAAAUGGUAUCCGUAGUAACAACAGAGCUUCACGAGGAACCGUACACUCUGAGCGAGAUCAGCAAGAAUCUCGACACAACGAACGAGAAGCUGAAAGAGAUCUCGUUGCUGCGAUCUUUCAGCGACUCUCAGACGUUCAAGCUGAAACAACGCGCGCUUCACGUGUACAACGAGGCGGCUAGAGUGGUCGAGUUUCGACGCACCAGCGAGGAGAAUGGUAUGAUGGAGGAGGAGAAGCUGCGACAGUUAGGCAAACUGAUGUCCGACAGCCAUACCAGCCUGCGUAAGCUGUACGAGUGUAGCCAUCCCAGCGUCGACGAUCUCGUUGACAAAGCAACGGCUUGCGGUGCACUGGGGGCAAGACUCACGGGAGCUGGAUGGGGCGGUUGUAUAGUGGCCAUAAUAACGAAAGACAAGGUUUCACAAUUUGUGGACGCACUGAAGAAGGAGCUAGCUCGAUGCGGGAUAAAAGAUGGAUUCAAACUCGAGGAUCUGGUCUUCCCGACGGAACCGAACCAGGGUGCUGCAAUUUAUACGAUCUAAUUCCCUCUUACCACCUGUUUCCUCACCUCGCCACGUGCAUUUUACAAAUCGCCGGCCAAUAUAUUAAUCAAAACGGCUUUCUCAAUUAUCUGCAUAGAAUUAUUUAUGCGUAAGAAAUGUAUCUUGCCAGUAGUAAUACCUCGCUUUGCUCGCACAAAGUCUGCGAAGAGGCUGAAGAUUAAACUUGCAGAGCUGUGAAAGCUCUUACGAGUCUUCUACCGUCGUUUUAUACACCCAAUCAAAAUGGUAACAUUGCGCUUGCGGUGCACUUUGGGAAAGAAAAUUUCCUGGUCUAUGUAUCCAAUGUAUUUUAUACGAGCAAAUCUCGUUCCUUAUCGAUUACGAUCUACGGUACCUUUCACCAGCUAACGACACGUUUAUUCUAAGAAAUAAUUACAUAGGUGAAUUCGUCGUUGAAAAACGCAUAAUUUCUACCUUUAAAACAUUUCUCUAUCUGCAAUAGUUUCCGAGAUA